AUGGACGCCACCGAAAGCGACUCGUCUAUCCCUGUAGCCAGUGACUCGGUCUUCAGCAUCUCACGCCCUUCUUCAGCCUCCUCGAUACAUCCGAACGAUACGCCGAACGAUAAAGCGAGCGAUCUGCCAGCGGGCGCACCGAUAUCUUCCCUCUUCCAAGUCCGCCAUACACCGACCGCCGGCCGCGCUGUCUUCGCUACGCAGGAUAUACCAGAGGGCACAAUAGUGUGGCGCUCGGAAGACCUCUCCCUCUCCGUUCUGUUGCGCGAAUACCGGCGUGAGGUGUGUGGGCAAUGCUUCGGAUACGAUUACGGGCGGGAUCUGGACAUACGGGAUAAGACGGUGGGAUUUGCUUUCUGCUCGGAAGCAUGCCAGGGGAAGUGGCGGGAGGAGAACGGCGAGGUCGGAGUUCAGGCAUGGACUGCGGUCGAGACGUUCGUCAAGAAGCGGAGCAAGGAGGAUAGCGAUAUGGUGGACACCGACUUACCGCGCCCAAAGGUUAAGGAAAUUCAGCAGGCGUGGGAGAACGUCGCUGCACAGGCGGCGCUGAUACGAACUGCACGGGAAAGCGAGCAGACCGCCGGAGUUUCUGUCACGAAGCAGCACAAAAAGGCCGUGCAAAAGGCACUACAGCAGAACAUCACGCCCGACGUGAUGAGCUUCUGCGUCAGCGGCCUGGUCUGGCGGUAUCUCCACCCCGACCAAUGGGAACGAGUGGAGGCCCUCGCAGAUGACAAGACCCCCUACCACAGCUCCGACGACCUCGGCGCCUUUACAAGAACCUACCUGCACCUCCUCGCCAUUCUUCCACUUCAACUACUCCCUCUCGUAACGGCAGAAUCCCUCAUCACGCUCUCAUCCCGCGACUCGCACAAUUCCUUCGGCAUUCGGUCUCUCGAAGAUGACGGAUCGGAGUUCUUUGGAUACGGUUGCUGGCCUGCUGCGAGCUACUUCAACCACUCGUGCGGUCCGAAUAUCGAGAAGAGGAGGGCGGGCAGGACGUGGUUCUUUACCGCUGGGAAGGAUAUCAAGGCCGGGCAGGAGUUGUGCAUCACGUAUCUGAGUGGAGAGGAGAGGAAACUGAGUCGUGGGAAGAGGAUGUUGAGGCUGAAGAAGACAUGGGGAUUUGAUUGUGGGUGUGAGAGGUGUGAGGCGCUGUAG